UCCACCCUGACCACGCCCCCAGCCCCUCACUGGGGGAUUCUAGGCAGGGCCUACGCCCUGACCAUGCCUACCUUGUAUCAUUGUAGGGUUUAUGGUAGACUGGGAUGCUCAGCUUCUGUUAGUCCUUCAGCAGUGCAGGCUUGAGAUUUGCUGUUGUUGCAGCACAAGUGAUAAGCAGUGGGACCGACUUGUUACUCCAGCACUCUUGAGUGAGCUACAUGCCCAGUCCUCUUUUUACUGUUGUAGCUGAGGCUGGCCUCAAACUCCUGAUCCUCCCACCUCCACCUCUGGAGUGUUAGGAUCAUAGGUAUGUACCACUGACAGGCAUGGCGCUCUUUGUAUUUUGAGAAGGUCUUGCUGUGUAGUCCAGGCUAGCUGGGAACUCAGUUUCCCAAAUGCUAGGAUAGUAGUCAUGUCCCCUGCUUAGAGCCCAGGUCAUUUGUCUGCAGUUCUUGGCUCAGGCACUUCCUGUCAUGGCCACAUCCAAACAUAUUCGUGGUGUUGGCACCUGGAUGCUGUUUUCCAUUUCCAAGUGACAUUCCUGGGGUCCCCCUUAUCUCCUGACAGACCCAGCGAUAUAUUUUAUCCAGGCCAGCGGGGCGUAGCUCAGGCAGAGUGCUUUACAUUCUUAGGUGGUGACAUGGCUGAUUGGUCCUUGGCCUCAGCUGCUACCUUGAAAGCUGGGUCCUGAGCAGCCUGGGUGCAGGGAGGGCUUCCUCUCACUGGCAGCUGGACACCAGUGGAAAAGCCACUCCCACACCUACUGCCCCUGGCUGGUGAUGGGGAAUGGCUGAGAAAAGGGGCUAAUCCCUAGGAAUGUCCCUGCUCACCCAGCCUCCCUGUCCCACCUUCUGCUGGCCUUUUGGACCUGGGUCUAAGGCACCAUCCAGCACCCCAGGGCAGGCAGGUGUGCACAGCCUUGUAGUCAGCGGCAGAGCCUCAUGUUCGAGGACCUGUUUCAGACUGAAUCCUGCAGGAAGGAGACAACUGCUUCCAGUGCUGAGAGCCAUUGUUUCUUUUCCUCCUGCCUCAACCUCCCCAGUGCUGAGAUGACAGGCAUGUACCAUCAUGUCAUUUUAUUCUGUGCUUUGUGUGGAACCCAGGGUUCCGAGCAUGCUCAGCAAGCAGUCUACAAACUCAGCUCUAGCUCCGUGUGAGUGAGUGUGUGUGUGGAAUCAGUUCUCCGUGUGGCUUCUGUAACUCACUCAGGUCAGGUGGUGUGGCAAGGGCUUUACUCUGCCAAGCUCUCAUCACCACUUUUGAGAUGGUCUCACUCUACUAGCUUAUGCUGGCCAAAUCCUGCAGCAACCCUGCCUCUGCCUCCUGAGCACCAAGAUGGCCGGGAGUGAGCAGCAUGCACUGCCAUACCCAACAUCAGUUUUAUCCCUUUGUCUCCAAAGUCCCUGGUUUGUUGUUGACCCUGGGUCUCAUGGGUUCAGAGGUUGGCAGAACCUGUUCCUUCUGGAAUGAUGGGACCUAGCAAGUUCCAUCCUCCCUUGGGCUCUGAUGCACCAAAACCCACACUGACCGACCAUAGCUGUGGCUUUUCAGACUGGCCUUCCAAGAACGGGAGUCCUGGCCCUUGGGUAUCACCUAGACUCCCUUUUCCUGUUUUGAUGCUGGCUCAGCCAGGCCCGGAGACAGGGUACGAUGUCUUAAUCCUGGCUAAAGCCGAGAUGGACAGAUGCCCACUGACUCUUCCAUCUUUCAUGCACCCUUCCCAGUCCCUGUUGGCUCCACAUGGCCCACACUCCAGUACAAGACCUACAGGAGGCCUCCCAGUCUCCCUGCACUUCCCACCAAAAGCAGGUGGGGUGGGGACACAGAUUGUUGGCCGGCUCUGGACUUGCUUCUGGCUAAUGGUAGGACACUCAUAAAUCAGGGGAAUCGGAAAUGGGUCUAUGGAAUGUCUGGGUGGGUGAGCCAUCAAUUCUUAGGGGUGAGGAUGUGGGGACAAGGUGGGUGGGACCCCAGUGGCUUCCUUGAGCCAUGGUGCUGGCAGUGAGUUUAAUUCCCAGGGCAGGCAGAGAAUAAAUUGAGGGCCCAGGGUCUCAGCAUCCUGGGACCUCCCUGUCACCAUGGCUGCGGGAAGACUAACGCUCAGGUUUCUGCUGCUCCUGUUCUUACACCUGGGCCUCGGCUGGGGCCCUGGGCCUCAAGGGGCUCCAGUGGCAGAAGAUGAGAUCUCAUCUGAGGAGAUGGCAGAGACUGGAGAGACCUGGAAGCCCCAUCUGGGUAACAACCACGUCCGCCUUCCAAGAGCCCUGGCUGGUCCGUGCCAGCUGUGGAGCUUGACCCUGCCGGUGGCUGAGCUGGGUCUGGGCUACGCCUCAGAGGAGAAGGUCAUCUUCCGAUACUGUGCUGGCAGCUGUCCCCGAGAGGCCCGUACCCAGCACAGCCUGGUGCUGGCCCGGCUGCGAGGGCAGGGUCGAGCCCACGGUCAACCCUGCUGCCAGCCCACCAGCUAUGCUGAUGUGACCUUCCUGGACCAUCGUCACCGCUGGCAGCAGCUGCCUCAGCUCUCAGCCGCUGCUUGUGGCUGUGGUGGCUAACUCUGUGUCUCAGAAUCACAGCCAUGAGACAGCCUGGGCUCUGAAUGGGUCAGAUGACAUUUAUUAGAAACUUGCAUAGUGAAGAUGAGAAGGGGACCUGGGAUUGGGUAUCAGCAAUUAAUGCAAUAAAAGAAAUGUUCUAAUGG